AUGGCUAGCACUGCAGAAAUCUGCGAGCAUCUGCUCCAGUCACCACCCCAGUCGCAGCAUGCUAUUGCUUAUAAUUAUCUGGUACCGAACGUCAAGGGCCUUGAGUCUCUCAUCAAGGUUAUGGAUGCGACGGGUUCUACAGCAGAGACACCAGGCUCAGCCACCAAGCCUCCAACCACUACUGAAAUUUCACUCUUCGCUGCAGCAACGGAAGCAUUUUCCAAAGCCAACACCAAUUGUACCAUUGCAGAGUCGCUCGAGCGGAUCCGCCCCAUCGUAGCGUUGGCCAAGACGAAAAAUAUCAGGGUUAGAGGAUAUGUUUCUGUGGCUUUGGGCUGCCCAUAUGAAGGUCCAGAUGUUCCCCCUUCCAGAGUCGCGGACAUUACGGCUACACUUCUUGAAAUGGGCGCUGAUGAAGUGUCGGUUGCCGACACCACCGGUAUGGGAACGGCUCCGCGGACACUUGAGCUUCUGCAAGCACUCAAGGCUGCCGGUAUCGCAAACACAGAUCUGGCACUUCAUUUUCACGAUACGUACGGCCAAGCCCUCGUCAACACCAUAGUGGGCCUGGAGCACGGCAUUCGGAUAUUCGACAGCAGUGUCGGGGGUCUCGGUGGCUGCCCUUAUUCUAAGGGUGCUACUGGCAAUGUAUCAACCGAAGACUUGAUCCACACGCUGCAUGGACUUGGCAUGCAUACUGGUAUCAACUUGGAAGAAAUGUCCAAGAUUGGCUCGUGGAUCAGCAGCGAGCUGGGCCGGUUCAAUGAGAGCAGGGCGGGAAAGGCAAUUCUUGCGAGAAUUCAGGAACAGUGA